AUGUCAACGCUUUAUGGUCAUGGUGAUUUAGCGGCGGAAGAGACAGAAACAAUUGAUAGCGAUGAAGAAGACCAACAACGAUCAAGUCGAGAUCCAAAUAAAUUACCAUUUUCAAUCAUUUGGCGCGAUGAUUUAAAAAAUGAUGAUAUCAAAAUCCCAUGUUCAUCAUUAUUAAUCGCUUUAGGUGCAACUGCUUCUGCUUUUGCUUUUACGCAUGUUUUGUGUAACUAUGAUCUAGAAUUAAUUGGCUAUGGUACAGAUGAAAAAAUCAGUGAUGAUGGAAAUACAGAAACAAAGUCAUUUGAUCAAAUCAAAGCGCAACACUAUUCAACACAAAGUGUUGAUCGUAUUUAUCGAUUACCAUCAAGUUCAUUUGUACUUAUUCAAUUGAAUUCUUCCAUUAAAUCUGAUAGAAUAUGGCCUUUAAGUGAACAGAUUUUGAAUAAAUUUAAUUUUUCAAAUCUGACGAAUUCGAAUCCGAUUUACGUUAUUCAAUCACGUUUAUCGAUGGAUUACGUUACAAUUGCAGGCGAAUUUGAAAGCAAAGCAAAUUUAUUUAUUCGUUACAUUAAAUCAUCAUUAGUUCCAAUAGACGACAAAAUUACGCAAACUAUUAAACCAAUUGAACCUCCGAAUGCAAUUCGGGGCCUAUCAGCUGCUUUGUUCACUAAACUGCAUCAAGCUAAUAUUCCGGUUAUUGUUCUUGUUGUUUAUCAACGUCAUUCAUCUGUUAAUGCUGAUGCAUUAAAAUUAUUACAACGCAUAUUAGAUCGAACAUCACCAACACUCAAACAAUACGUUCUAUCAACUGAAAAAACUAAUAAACAAUUGAUUCGAUUAGCAUCAAUUCAAGCAAGUAAUAUGUACUCUUAA